AUGACGGAACCUUUGAUGGACAAAACUCUCGAUAAUACCACUCUAGCCACCAUCGAGCUUCUCGAGGCCCGCCUACUCCGCUUGGAGCACAUCAUCUAUGGCCCCGCCGGCAACCCCGAUGCGAUCCCCGAGUCCUCGGCCACCAGCACGAUGCACGACUUGGAGCGUCGCUUUCAGGGUCUAGUGUCCAGGUCACGAGUCUACCAAGAUUUGUUGAAGAUUUAUAACGAACACCCCUCCCUGUUCGUCUCCGAAUCACAACACGCACAGUCCGACAGCAAAACCAAACAACCCCCGACACAGCUCGACCCGGCCGCCGUGCGAGCCAUAGUCCUGGCAUCGGCCUCGCAGUACCACGGCACCGCCUCUGCCCUCGCGGCCGUCACCCAGGACGUGCCCGUUCCCGAUCCGGCGCUGAGUGCGAGCCUCGUGGCCACGGCGCCGCGGGCCAGGGCGAUCGAGGCCAUGCAGCGCGCGCAGACCGCCGAGGUUGCCGAGCUGCGGGCGAGGAGCGAGCGGGUGGUGAGGGCUUGGUACGAGGGCCGCGUGCUUAAGUACAGUAAAUUCGUGGCCGACGCGGAGGGGCGCGUCCAGGACGUUGAAAAGACCGUGCUGAGGGCUGAGGCUAUCAGAGCAGAGGGGGAGAAGGUUUGA